ACCACUGUCCGUUUCCACCAAACUUAACCUGUCACCGACCAUAACAUUCGAUCGUAUUGGAAUACGAGUACGACGCGCGGAAUCUGAUGCACCUACUGCUCGUGUUGUAAAGUCGACGAUAAUGCGCGAUUACGUUGUAACAACGAUGAAAUAGCGAACGUUAAUGGCACACGAUAAAAGUGUACGUGUAUUCCGAGAAUGCUCACACUGGAUGAUUACAUUUGUUAAGAUGGAGUAAACGUUACGUACGUAACAAAAUAUCUGUAGCGGUUCGAUAGUACUCGUUGGUGUUUGCCUCUUCUUCAUCAGAGAUCGAAUCGGAAAAAAUGGAAAAGAAAUGCAGUAAAGGUAUAAUGGAGAAAGAGGAACUGGAAGACUCUGAAAAUAUAAUUAUUAACGAAGUGGACGGUUUACCAAAUUUACAUCCAAAUUAUGAGCAGCUACAGCUUGAAUUUGAAAGAGAAAAACACGAUAACGCAAAUAUUAGAUCGAUUGAUGAAUUGGUUCACGAUGAAGAUUUACCGACUUCUGUAAUUGUCACCAAUGUGGAUCCACGAGUCUUCAAGGAUGACGAUUUGAAGCCAGCUAUAGAAGAUCUCUUCAAACAAUUCGGUGAGGUUGCUACGUUCCAAUACUUCAGGUCUUUCAGAAGAAUGAGAGUAAAUUUUAGUUCUCCCAGUGCGGCGGCAAACGCAAGAUUACAGCUACAUCAAGCACAUUUUGGAGAAACUGAUAUUAAUUGUUACUUUGCACAACCGGUGACGCCAAUAGAUAUGGAAGAUCAGCAUCUGCAACCACCCGCUCUUACCAAACAGUUCCUCAUAUCUCCACCUGCUUCGCCGCCAAUUGGUUGGCAGCCGCGAGAGGAAGGAGAGCCGCUUGUUAAUCAUGAUUUAUUAGCCGCUAUAGCCAAUUUAUCUGCAGGUGGAACACACGAGUUGCAUCCGGGAGGAUCGGGACAGCCGGGCAUAGUCGUGCACGUUUGUGAGAACGCAAAUCCAACGAAAAAUUCGCCUCGUAUUCAACACACACGAUGUCCAGAGCAUUAACUUUUUGCUUUUGUUCAAGUUUCAAAUUGGUUUGGCGCACACGUAUACAUCCUUACAUUACAAAACUAAAACUAAGUUGAAGCUCGCAGAGGAGUAUCUAGCGAGCAAGUUUGAAUUAGUACGUGUCAAAGUUACUAUUGAUUACACGUACGUACGGCUAACACCUAAAUGACAAAGAGGUGAUGUGCCGUAAGAAGAUUUCGGCUCGCAAACAACGAAGCGGUCUAAAUAUUUACCAAGCUUACCACGCGUAGCGGUGAUAUCUAUAAAUAUCUGUUAUUAUAUUUCGAGAUGGAGCGUUUAAUUACAAAGUACACUUGCGUUGCCUAUCUCUUACGGCAUACACAUCAAGUUUUCAAGAAAUCGGCAAUUUCAUAUUUAUUAUCUCAUUAAUAAUACCAAUAAUUAUAUAAAAAAUUACAUAAAGUAUAUCGUAAAAAAAUUAAAUCGUAUUAAAUUAAAUCGUAAAAAAUUACGUCCACAAUGAUGAAACUAAGAAAUCGGUGAAAUCGGUUGAAGACGGACAGACAGACGUCGUUAAUGAUGUACUGAAAUAUUUUUCCGACUCUCACCAGUGGGUUAUUUAUAUUUUUCAAUAGCACGUAACGCUUGACGAUGUUCUUAUUAAUCUACAAAUGAUACUAAUGUUAGUCCAAUCAAUCCAUAGAAUCAAAGGAACAAAGUUGAACGGUUUUUUUUCUGUAUUUUUUCUUUCCUCCAAGAAUAUUUUCAAAAUUGUGUCGGUUAAACGUUCAAUUAAGUACUGCAUGCAUGCAAGAAAAAAUAAAUCUACGAAGAUAUAUGACGUUAAUAUGUAUGUGAUAUGUGUGUGUAUACGAAUGUAUCGUUCUAAAAUUAUUAUUCUCCGUUCUGUGUUUUCUAUAGAAAGCUAGGUCACGUUAUAGCUUGAACAUUACACAUUACCCUAAAUCUAUAUCUCUAUGGUCUCUUAUUAAUGAAGAAGUUACGAAGAAAAAUUGUUAUCACUUUGCUCUUUGAGGACUAAGUCAUUAGAAAAUAGGCUAGACAGCGAUACAUGGUCAUAUCAGCGUUAAUGAUUAUGCAGCGCGGCAGUGGUGAUUGUGUAUAUGUAUAUAUUGUUCCGUACUUGAAACAUAGUUCUUGUUAAUGCAAGAUUUAAAUGACCUAAAAAUAAUUGUUGAAUAUUUAUAAAUGCUUUAGAGUAUAACACAAUUACUUUACAUACCGUUGUUGUACCGUUAUUUAUAUUUUUCCCGAUGAUAAAAAAUGCUGUAAAACCA